AGGUGGCUGAGCUUGGGGCCAUGGCCUGCUCCUAGGAGGACAGCCUGUGUGCUGAGUCACUGGAGGCUCUAGGGACUUACUGAUGCUGAGUCACUUGAGCUGGGCCUCAAAGGAUAGGGGAUGGGCAGCACUUCUGGAAGAGGAGCAGUCCCUGUGAAGGCUGUGAGGUCUAGGAAGCCUCGGCCGCAGGGGCAGAGUGGGGGGGGGUCUCUGAUGGCCAAGGAAAGGCCCCUCUGCCACCUUCUUCCUGUUGGAUCCUCAGGCCCCAGGGCAGUGAUAGUGCUGGGGAGGAUCUUGGACAAAGCUGGAGCCUUGGGCCUGACCCGCACAGGCCUGCCUGGCCUCUUGGUAGGUGCGAGGGUCAGUGUCAGCAGUGGGAGGGCCACUGUGGUCAGGGUGCCGAGAAGGGGCCUGGGUUGGGCUUGGAAUCCAGGGCGAGCUUCCUGGAGGAACAAGGCGAGCUGUGUUUGGCCAACCCAAGAGAAGGGGCCGAGGGAGCCCCCAACGCAGGCCUCCGUGCAGUGGCGAUGGUGGGGGGCUCCGGCACACCGUGGUCAGGGAGGUGGGCCAAGGAAGAGAAGCUGGCCGGGGAGGUAGGCACCAACAGGCUCAUUCGGAAUGUGGCCGGGAAGUCGGUGCAGACCCAGGAUCAUGAAGCUUCUGAAAUGGCGAGGCGGGCCCGCGCGCAUUCGCCUGAGGCCAGUUCGGAACGCGCGCGGCCAGGACCCAGGGACAGCGGCUGGUGGGGUCCCCCGGGGAGGCGGCCUGGCGGGGAAGGUCCCCCCUCCCUCGCUGCCUCAGGCAAAGUUUCCCGAACUCGGGCUGCCGGGGGCGCCUGCGAUUGGCUGCGGGCCCAUAGCCCGCGAGCGGAUUGGCUGUUCGGGGCUCGGGGGCUGGGCCCGAGGGGUAGAGACCGCCCCGAAGCAUUGAAAUGGGAAGCCCCCCGGAGGCUCCCGCAGACCCGAGGCUGUGCUGUGGCGCCGCGGGGCCGGGACACGGAGGGAGUGAGCCGUGCGCUCACGGAGGCCCCGGGCCGUCCGGCGCGCGUCUCCUCUUCAGCCAUGGGGUCGGCGGCGCUGGAGAUACUCGGCCUGGUGCUGUGUCUGGUGGGCUGGGUGGGCCUGAUCCUGGCGUGCGGGCUGCCCAUGUGGCAGGUAACCGCCUUCCUGGACCACAACAUCGUGACGGCGCAGACCACCUGGAAGGGGCUGUGGAUGUCGUGCGUAGUGCAGAGCACGGGGCACAUGCAGUGCAAGGUGUACGACUCGGUGUUGGCGCUGAGCACGGAGGUGCAGGCGGCGCGGGCGCUCACCGUGGGCGCCGUGCUGCUGGCGCUCGUCGCGCUCUUCGUGACCCUGGCGGGCGCGCAGUGCACCACCUGCGUGACCCCCGGCCCGGCCAAGGCGCGCGUGGCCCUCACGGGUGGCGCACUCUACGCGUUCUGCGGGCUGCUGGCGCUCGUGCCGCUCUGCUGGUUCGCCAACAUCGUGGUCCGCGAGUUCUACGACCCGACCGUGCCCAUGUCGCAGAAGUACGAGUUGGGCGCCGCACUGUACAUCGGCUGGGCCGCCUCGGCGCUGCUCAUGUGCGGCGGCGGCCUUGUGUGCUGUGGCGCCUGGGUCUGCGCUGGCCGGCCCGACUUUAGCUUCCCCGUCAAGUACUCCGCGUCGCGGCGGCCCACGACCAGCGGCGAUUAUGACAAGAAGAACUACGUCUGAUGGAGCCGGGCAUAGCAGGGCCGUGAGCCGGAGAAUUGGCCAGAGCAGCCCCUCACGGACAGCGGCCUGCACCUGCGGCAUACAAGCUCCGCAGAACUCCAAUUCUUUGCUGUGACUGGACUCUGGCCGCACUAGCGGGGCCCAGGCCCCGCCCUACCCUGCAAGGCGACCCACACUUGGGAGGACUCGCUCGGUUUCUUUUUCUGUGUGCAGUUCUGGCUGCGACGUGGGUGGGGCGCGGGUUCCCUGGGCUCUGUGGGCUCUGGACUGAAGAUCCCAUUCCCUCUCCGAUCCUUAGGGUCUUGGAUGCCGCCCACCUCUCCGUAGCUUCUGCCGAUUCCAAAGGGGUGGACAGAGUCCAGGACUCCCAGCCUGGGCUGCCGGAGGGACAUGUACAGCUGGUCUUUAAUCCAUCAGCAGGCUAGCCCCUGGAGGUGGGGGGAAAGAGACUUGGCCUGGACCCGAGACAUGGGCACCAGAUACUGGGUGUGGGACUCAGGCCCUGCCCUCCUUUGCAGCUUGGGGGGGGGUUGUUUGCUUAGUAAAUGGUUUGGAUACCC